ACUAGGCCCAAAUGGAGUCCAUAUGAAGACGAAGCCAAUGCUAUUUACAUGGUGAUUCUCGCUUUAGGUUUUAGGGUUUACAAAAGGAGGCACCGCGCGCAGCAGCACAAGGAGGAGAAGAAGAAGAAGAAGAAGAAGAAGAAGCCAUGGUUCUCAAGACAGAGCUUUGCCGAUUCAGCGGUGCCAAGAUCUACCCUGGUAGAGGCAUCAGAUUCAUUCGCAGUGAUUCUCAGGUGUUUCUGUUUGUCAACUCGAAAUGCAAACACUACUUCCACAACCGCUUGAAGCCUUCCAAGCUCACCUGGACCGCCAUGUACAGGAAGCAGCACAAGAAGGAUAUUGCUCAAGAAGCUGUGAAGAAGAGGCGUCGUGCUACCAAGAAGCCUUACUCUAGGUCCAUUGUUGGUGCUACUCUGGAAGUUAUCCAGAAGAAAAGAACUGAGAAGCCUGAGGUUCGAGAUGCAGCUAGGGAAGCUGCUCUUCGUGAAAUUAAGGAGAGAAUCAAGAAAACCAAGGAUGAGAAGAAGGCCAAGAAAGCUGAAACAACUGCUAAGUCACAAAAAUCUCAAGGAAAAGGCAAUGUCUCCAAGGGUGCUGCACCGAAAGGUCCCAAACUUGGUGGUGGAGGCGGGAAACGUUAAGUUUUUAGUCUUCUAUUGGUUGCCGUUUAAACAUUUUGUUCUGAAAAUUCUGUGCUGAUAUAUUAUAUUUGCUUGACUAGUCUUUCAUUUACUGUUUUAUCAAACUUUGUAUGGAGCUUCAUAGAGUAUCUGGUUAUUGAAUGGAUUUUGCCCGCUGUGCUAGUUUUGUGAUUU